AUGGCACACAAGAAUAAAAAUGAAUGGUUGAAGGACAUGAGAGGGAUGCUAAGUUUGGUGGCUACAGUAAUAGCCACAAUAACAUUUCAAAGUGCUCUUAAUCCACCAGGUGGUGUUAGACCAGCAUCAGAUGACAGUGAUGAUGUUCUAUGUCAUAACAGUUCAGACACGAAUCCAUGUCCCGGAGAAUCUGUCCUAGCUGUUAUAUACCCAGACACAUAUGAGAGAUACCUUUUUUGCAACACUUUAUGUUUCGCUUCAUCUCAAGCUGUUUGUCUUUUGCUUGUGAGUGGGUUUCCUAUGAAUCACCGAUUCUUCACCUGGCUGUUGUUAAUAGGCAUGUGCAUCACUCUCUCCAGCCUCACUUUAGCCUACUUGUAUGGUGCGUUUAUGAUUACUCCAAAUCCCGUUUGGGCUGAAACUGCUUUAGGCAUGUUUGCUGCAAUUAUUUUGAUUUGGCUUGGGCUGCUUGGACUCAUCGCACUUUUCCUUUCCUUCCGCCUAAUUGUUUAGCUUUUCACCAAAUGGAAUGAAUCAAGUAAACCAUAAUGAUCUGCUUUUGUGCUAGCUACCUCAUCUCGCAUGUGAAACUCUAAUUACUUCCCCAGUGUUGUACCUUGUUAUGGUUGAGUAAUGUAAUUCAAAUGUAUAGUCUUUAUGUAUCAUAUAAUCUGUGUUUAGUU